CACAGCUCUGGGCUGCAGGCAGGGACAGCCUUGGUCUGGAGCCCAGCAGAGACAAUUCCAGGGCAUGCGCUUGGGCUCUGGACAGGGAAGACACAUCUCAGGAGGGGAAGGCAGAGAUUCCUGGCAAGGACAGAGGUGGUCACACACAUUGGGCAGCACAGAUUGAUGGACAGCCCCUGGAAGAGGCUCCUGAUCACAGAAACACCAACCAAACCUAACAUCACUGCCAACAGUACCAACAUCAUAAAGAAUGGCACUGUGGUCUUCACAUGUAGCCCAGAAAAUGAGGGGACAAACAUUCUGUGGUUCUGCAAUAACCAGACCCUGUCACUCAAUGAGAGAAGGAAUAUGUCUAAGAAUAACCAGACCCUCACCAUCAAGAGUGUGAAGAGGGAGGAUGCUGGGUCUUAUCAGUGUGAAGUCUGGAAUCCAAUUGGUGCCAAUAGAAGUGACCCCCUCACCCUGACUGUGAACUAUGGACCAGACCACAUUGUGAUUCGUCCAAGCCCUGAGAGUAGGGAGAUUGAGAUCAGAUUCAAAGACCCACUGACCUUAGUGUGUCACAUUGAGUCUUACCCACCUGCUCUAUAUGAAUGGCAAGUCAAUAGCACCAUGAACUCCGACUUCUCUGGUAACACCAUUGUCAUCAAAAGUGUAUCCUGGGAAGAUUCUGGAAAGUAUACCUGUUUGGCAAAGAAUGAUGUGACCAACUUAACAAUUUCUAAGGAUGUCACAGUCAGGGUGGUCGACACAUCUCCAGGAAAAUGUAAAGGCUUCUCACUCUCUGGAGGGGCCAUUGCUGGCAUUGUCAUUGGAGUCCUAGUUGGAGAGGCUCUCAUCCAGACCCUCCUCUAUUUCCUGUUCUUCAGAAAGAAUGGAAGGGUCCGCAAACACCACCUUUCUGAGAAGAACCAUUCAGCACACAAACAUGGUGAGGAUGCCAAGAUGUAUGAACAUAGUGUUUGCCCCAAAGGCUCAGCUCUGCCUGCACAGGUCAUGGGCUCCUCCCCUGCUUUUCCUGAAGUCCCAUCUGAGAGCCCCUAUCAGGCACUGGAUAUCACCACAGCAGAUGUUUAUGACAAGAUUGAGCCCUUAAAGAACCCUCAAGCCUAAAGAAGAGUAGAAAGUCCCUAGGGAUGUUGGGACAGCCUUUCUGUUUCCCUUCAUAAAGGAGGGUUCAGAGGCAACUCUCAGGGGAGAAAGCUGAGACAUCUGGAUCAAUGCAAAGAUCCAGCUGGGAGAGAAAUAAAAAGGCUGAAUUUGGGGAGAGGGAAUACUUCCAGGGCCCCAGGGACACCCAGAUCUCUCAGACAAAAUUAAGAGGAAUGAAAGUAGCUAGAGCUCAGUGUGCCUGAGUUGCUUAGAAGCCAAGGCCCCCUAUGGAAUAUUUGGGUCCAUAAUCUGUUGCUCCCCAAGUGCUUCAAUAUUUUGAAUCCUCCAUAUUUUUCUGUCUUCCUUAUCCAUGUAAAAGACCAUUUAGAAACUUCCAUAUUUAUUCCUACUUAACUAAGCUGUAGAUGACCCAUCCUAUCAGAAUGGGCCUAAGAUGUUGAGAUUCUCAGAGUCAAAAUCUUCCCUCCUGAGUUUUCAUGAAACCAGGACUCUUUGGCUCUAGACAACAUGAUCUCAAAGAUGGAUAAGAUCAUUGGGGUACACCAGAGGCAGAAGAAUCUGAUGGCAGUGGAAACUCCAACAAUGUAUGAAGAAACCAAUCCCAGAAGGCCAAUGGCGACUACAGGGAGCCGGGCCAUUCAUGGCAGAAGAAAGGCCAGGAAUGGCCUCUGAUGAAAGGGAUGCUUGGAGCCCAGUAGUGAGCCCUCCUCAUGGAGUACUUCACUAAAGAAAGAAGGGACUUCCAGGGUCAGGAGUGGGAUCUUACCACCAUUUUGUUUGUACCCACUCCUUUCGAGGAAGUUUUAUUUAUCAGAGAAUUCACCUCAAAUUUUUGUUUUUAGAGGUGAUGUUUUGUACCAAUU